ACUGCUACACACCCAGCCCCUUUCUCCUCGGUGUCUGCAACGUGUGAUUAGAUUAUCGAGCUGCUUGCCCUUUCCCCUUUAACCCGGUGAUGCUGGCUGUUUCCUGCUGUGGACCUCUCCACACUGCCCUAUUUCUGCUUACACUGGAAUACAGCUGAACGCAGAGCGACAGCAGUGCUCCUAUCAAAGCUAGAAAAUCUGUCAAUACGCGUCUACACCACAGCAAUGCGAAGGAAAUCAAGGAUAUUAUUGUGUUUUGCCGUUCUAUGGGUCCUCGGCAUCGCAUAUUACUUUUAUUCGGGAACAGCGAUGAACAGAAAGGAUAACUGGAAUGGCAGUGAGUCUUUGAAAAGGAAAGAAACGCACAGCAGCAAUGCAGAAGACAAAGCACACAGUUUGGAGACACUACCUCCAGGGAAAAGGAGGUGGCAGGACUUUAACCAGGAAUUGUAUGUUGGUGCUACUGUAGUCAAACCUGGCCAGGAUCCUUAUGCUCGCAAUAAAUUUAACCAAGUUGAGAGUGACAAGCUACAAAUGGAUAGAGGUGUACCAGACACAAGACAUGAUCAUUGUCGACAUAAACUGUGGCAGACUGAUUUACCAGCAACCAGCGUUGUCAUCACCUUCCACAAUGAGGCUCGAUCUGCUUUGCUGCGUACUGUUGUCAGUGUUCUUAAGAAAAGCCCAGCGCAUCUUAUCAAAGAAAUUAUAUUAGUUGAUGAUUACAGUGACAACGCUGAAGAUGGUGCUUUGUUGGCAAAGAUAGAAAAAGUGCGGAUACUCAGAAAUGAUCGACGGGAAGGUUUGAUGCGAUCUCGCGUGAGGGGUGCAGAUGCUGCAGUAGCCAAGGUGUUAACAUUCCUUGACAGCCACUGUGAAUGCAAUGAACACUGGUUGGAGCCAUUGCUAGAGAGGGUAGCAGAGGAUAAAACGAGAGUUGUAUCUCCUAUCAUCGAUGUUAUAAAUAUGGAUAAUUUCCAGUAUGUAGGUGCCUCAGCAGACCUAAAAGGCGGGUUUGACUGGAACCUUGUGUUUAAAUGGGAUUACAUGACUCCUGAACAAAGAAGAGUGCGUCAGGGAAAUCCAAUUGCACCAAUAAAGACACCAAUGAUAGCUGGUGGUCUCUUUGUUAUGGACAAAGAUUACUUUGAAGAACUGGGAAAGUAUGACAUGAUGAUGGAUGUCUGGGGUGGUGAAAAUUUAGAGAUCUCGUUUCGUGUAUGGCAAUGUGGCGGAAGUCUGGAAAUCAUUCCUUGUAGCCGGGUAGGCCAUGUGUUCCGCAAACAACAUCCUUACACCUUCCCAGGAGGAAGUGGGACAGUAUUUGCCAGGAACACCCGGAGGGCAGCAGAGGUUUGGAUGGAUGAAUUUAAAAAUUUCUACUAUGCAGCAGUGCCAUCAGCUCGAAACGUCCCUUAUGGGAAUAUCCAGAGCAGGCUAGAAAUGAAAAAGCGACUUGGCUGUAAACCUUUUAAGUGGUAUCUGGAAAACGUCUACCCGGAACUUAGGGUGCCUGACCACCAAGACAUAGCCUUUGGGGCUUUGCAGCAAGGCAGUAACUGUUUGGACACCUUGGGCCAUUUUGCAGAUGGUGUUGUAGGGGUCUAUGAGUGCCACAACGCUGGCGGAAACCAGGAAUGGGCGUUGACUAAGGAUAAGUCAGUUAAACACAUGGACCUGUGCUUGACUGUUGUAGACAGAGCCUCAGGCUCUCAAAUAAAACUGCAAGGAUGUAGAGAGAAUGACAGCAGACAGAAAUGGGAGCAGAUUGAAAACAACUCCAAGUUGAGACAUGUAGAAAGCAACCUCUGUUUGGACAGUCGAAGUGCCAGGACUGGUGGUCUGACAGUAGAAGUCUGUAGCCCAUCACUGAGUCAACAGUGGAAAUUCACACUGAAUCUACAGAAGUAAAAAAAAAAAAAUUCAGUAAAAAUCCAGCACAUACUAAA